AUGGGAGAUACACCAUCUAAACCUGAAGAUACACCAUCUUCAUUUGAACAACAACCAGACUAUUCUAAAUACACUGCACAACAAGUAUUUGAUGAUUGGGAGGAAAUUGAAAUGAAAGCUCCAGCAUUUAUUCGUCGUUUUGUAAAGUCAAUUGAUAAUAAAACUAGACUAAGAUACUGGCUAACAAUGGCUAAUCCUGAACAAUAUACUAUAAAAAAUCCAGACUUAUUUCAAAGUUUAUGUGCACAAGCUGAAGUAAGAAUGAUAAAUGAUGAAGAAUUUAAAAAAAUUGGUCAAAAAAUUGAUUUAGAUGUAAAUAGAACAUUUCCAAAUGAUCCACAAAUGACUGAAGAUAAACGACUUGACUUAAGAGAUAUCUUACGAUCUUUUGCUAUUUUAUUACCAAAAACAGGAUAUUGUCAAGGAAUGUCAUUUUUGGCAGGACAAAUUUUAUUGGUUACCCAAAAUCCCGAAGAUACAUUAUGGAUUUUUACUUAUUUUAUGAAAGACUUAAAUUUAUAUGGAUUAUUUUGUGAUGGAUUACCUUUAUUAAAAUUUGCAGUAUUUUGUAUUGAAUGGGUUAUUAAACAUCGUGUUCCUUCAUUAACUAAAUACUUCCAAGAAAAAGAUACACCAUUACUUCUUGUUGUUGGUCAAUGGCUAACAGCAUUAUUUAGUAUUAAUUUUGAUAAAUGUGUAACAUUAAAAAUAUGGGAUAUGUUUUUAUUAGAAGGAUUUGUCUGGUUAGUAAAGGUAAGUUCUGCUCUAUUAUUAAUACAUGGUGAUCUUUUUAAUGGACUUAUUGAUGAAGUAGUAAUCCAAUUAAGACAAGCAACAUUAAAAGAUGAGUGGAGAAAUGUUUCUAUGACAGCAGAUGGGAUUGUUUUUGGAGAAAAAGAGUUAAAAGAGUGUAAAUUGGCAUAUGACCAAUCUCAACAAUAA